AUAAGACGUUGCAGCUUGGGCUUGGGCUCCAAAUCGUGAUGGCUAUGCUGCCAAGCUCUUGGUGUUUGUGACCAUCACCAAGUCCCAUUGGUCACAACGUAUUAUUGUUUGAGAAGAUGUACACAACUAAAUUCAGGGCAAAAUCUGAUGAAUCUUCUAGCUCAACCGGCUACACCGGCUUCCCCUUGGCCUUGCACUAUCCAUGCUCACUCAGCCGCCAGGAAUACGCUCGAAGGUUACAACCAGGAUGGGGUUUGUUAUUUUGCAAAGGCGGCUAGCUGAUACCUCUGUAUCUAUACGGUCAAGAAGGAUUGUGUGUCAAUAUGGGGGGGUUGAAGUACUGGCAGUGUCAAUCACAAUUGUGAUUAACGUGAGACGUCUCACUUCAAAGUCAACUGCACGAGAUUGCUGCGAUUAGUACAGCCUUUUACGGAGUAGAUUCACAAGACCCCCUUACGAUCGUCGAGGUCCACCUGUUUGAUCGUCAGGCAUUUGAAAAGCCGACUACUCAUCUAAAGAGCCGCAGUUCGUCAUGCCAGCUCCACGAGAUUCAAGCUGACCCCUAAUGGGGAGAUGGGCUUUGAUUGAGAGUCAAUUCAUCCCCAUCCCUUACGUCAUGAGUCCAAUUUUGCGGUAAUAAGUUUGGAUCAGAUCGUGAUGUGGCACUAUUUCUAGUCCAGCUGAACUUUGCGUGGAGAAUUCAAAACAUAUCAUGAGCAGUGUUGAUAAAAUGCGUCAUCCUACAGCCCUCGUCUUAUCAUAUAUGGUUUUCCUGAACGAAUAUUGACGAUAUCUCCAGCUAGUUAGUGAAGGAUCCUACUCCCUUCUGGCAAUUUGCAGGUUGCCAACAUUUCUUGGCAUCUGAUUGGGUCGAAUCACUAGAUCGGGUUGAACAAGGUGCGCUAACCACGAGAUUGGACACACUUUAUUUUGUCAAGUUAGCGUUGUUUCGUUUCAUGACGUGUGAAUAUGCCUGUAUUUCCAUGGCGCCAGCACGUGGUCACUUACACAGCUUCAGCGACCAUUAGCCUCAAGGGGAGGCUAGAAAACUCAGGCCUUGAUCCUACCAGUAAGUGACAAAAAGACUUAGUUAGCUUAGCAUAAGUUAAGGAUAUAUUUUGCUAAAUUCAUUUUGAUACACUAUGUCAAGGUUCGAUACUUUUUUGUUCCCCGACGCCCCCAAGGAGGACUACGUGUUGUAAAGUGCUGUCAGUUUCCUGGUAACUUACCCUGUAGCCUCCCAACCAACCUAGGUACCUUAGGAACCUACUUUAUCUCCAAAGGAUCCACCGUUGCUAUUCGUCCCUUUCAGACUGACACGGUUCAUCAAAAUCAAAUCGAAUGAAGUCCCUUACUAAUGGGCCCUUUAUAUGUAUAUAUGCCUUUUCAGUUGUCAAAUCAGCGUUUCUCGGGGUAUAUAUAUAGCCUACACUUAUGUGCAUUGGCUGACUUAUCAAACGCCAUGCAUUGCUGCAAUUGGGCUUCAGCCACUCUCUCACGGAAGAUCCCCGAAGCACAUCCUAUCUCAAGGCAAGUUUUUACAAAAGAAGCAGGCCAACCGCACAAACUGAAUCGUUCCAAGGGCGUUUGCAGGGUGAUUCUUCUCGUUCUGCCUCCAAUGCUAGCUCAAUCUAGUCCUCUCUCCUACCGUUGGGGUCAACAAUGAGCUCGGGUUCCUGCGGGAGAAGAAUAGUGUUUGUACAUCAUUGGUCGCUUUGACACAAAAACUGCCUGUUCUGGAUGACACCCUGUUUUGGCGGUCUCGGGCUUAUCACGUGUCUGGGCAACUGUCUGUAAUCCCCCAGCUGUCCGAGCCUGAUUACGGUGCUCUGCUCUCUCCUGGGGAUCACAUCUCUCUCUUGGAGAGUACAUUAGCAAUCUAACUACAGGUUGCGGCCAGGCAGGCAACUCAAAAGGGGUAGCUCUGGGCUUGUGCAGCUGGAAUGCCCAGUCAACCAUCUUCGAUUCUGGCGGCCGUCCCGACAUCCUUCUUACCAUCGCUCCCGGUGCGACGCCUGGCAUGCACAGCAUGGCGCCCAUGUCGCAAGAGACGAUUCGCUUCGACGACGACUCGCCUUUUACAUGAUGUUCCCAUCUUGCCUUUUCGAUUCGAAACAGGCAUUGGACUCUUUGCGAAACGACCUCCCCGCCCAUUCCCUCCGCCUUUCCUCUCUCCUCCGUCUACAUCCUUUACCGAUCCUUUAAGUACACAUCACCAGAGCCGUGACCGUCGUGCUUUUGUCAACGGACAGCUUAUCAGAGGGAAAACAAAUGGCGAUGAUGCUGUCUAUGCGAGUGAUUAUUUCAUUUGUGCCAACGACGGCGUGGGCGCGUGGGCCACAAGACCGAGAGGGCAUGCCGGGCUCUGGUCAAGACUGAUUGGGCAUUUCUGGUCUUCUGCGAUCGAGGAAGAACUUGUUGGAUUACCAAGGUCGCAAGAACCGAACCCCAUCGCCAGCCUACAAAGUGCAUAUGAACAGACUCUUGAAGCGACUACGUCGCAAGACUGUUUGGGAACAACAACAGCUUGUGGCGCGCAACUACAUUACAAGACUUGCACCGAGAAUGAAGCACAAGCAUCGCCCGUCUUGUAUGUGACUAACGUGGGCGACUGCCAGGUCAUGGUACUCCGACCCAGUACUGAAAAAGUCAUCUAUAAGACUGUGGAGCAGUGGCACUGGUUUGAUUGCCCACGACAGCUUGGGACUAACAGUCCUGACACACCCACCGAUAAUGCAGUUAUGGACAAGGUCGAUUUGGAAGUCGGAGAUAUUGUACUUGCGAUGAGUGACGGGGUUAUCGAUAAUCUUUGGGAGCACGAGAUCGUUGCAAGAAUACUCAAAAGCAUUAAAGAGUGGGAAUCUGGGACACAUGCAGAAGCUCACAAGGGUGAUCGCGCAGGUGGCCGCAACGGUGGAAUGAGAGUUGCGGCUCAAGAUCUGAUGGAGGCAGCCCGGGAAAUCGCCGUAGAUCCUUUCGCCGAGAGUCCAUUCAUGGAGCAUGCGAUCGAAGAGGGUUUAGCAAGCGAGGGUGGUAAACUUGAUGAUAUCAGUGUUGUCGCAGCCCUCUGCGUGAAAAAUGAGGGAUGAUAGUAGUCUCUUUGCUGGACAACUGAGACAUCUGGACGGCUUCCAGCAGACUUGCCGGAUCGACCCUUCGAAGCAUAAGAUACCUAAUUACAUGAUUUAAUGGUGGAGAGGUAAACAAAUAGUUCUCAUAUAACGAGUAAUCAUGAAUUACAUAGAGAAGAUCUGCCUAGACAAAAUUUAGACAUGGAACCUCCAUUCUAAAGUAAUACUGUAGCACCUGCCUUAUUUUCAGCCCCAAAUAAGAGCCAUGGCAAUAUAGAGGAAGAAAGAAAACUCAGGACUUCGAUCCAAACAACAAGAAGACUUGG